GAUUGUUAAUGUCAUUAACAGUUCAGUCAUCGAGCGAAUAACAAGCGAUCAGGUGGAUCUCGUAUUUUUCCGUAUUACGAGUUGUGCAUCAGGCUUAAGUAAUUUUUUGUGCGUAUAAAAGAAUUUGAGAUCAAGAUUAUAAUUUAUUUAAAAUAUAAUUUUUGAAAAUGCGAGUGAACAGUGCUAAACCAAAAAUCUGGAGUGUUGAAUCAGAAUAUACGUUACCCAACGACGGUAUUUCCAUGUCGACGACUUCCGCUCAGACUAUCACGAAACCGGAAACGAAAUCAGACACGGGGAUCGUCGUCCUGUUUUGCGGUACCAGUGUCACGUUCCAAGACGGCAACUUCGUCCUUGAAACUCCGAAAAUUGUCAUAAGGGAUGGUUCAAGACGAGGAUACGAAUGGCGAUUACGUGAAGUUUCACAUUGCAUCGGUUGCCGCUGGCGAAGUGCAAUAAAGGGGAAAAAGAAAAAAAAUAUCAAGACAAAAGAAAAAGAAAAGAUAUUCGAGUGGCAGUAUGAAGGCUGUUAGAAAGAGAGAAAAAGUCUCUUGAUAGACAGAGACUUCGGCUGCUCCUCUCUGUGCUACCAGUAUAGUGCGAAUUCGUGCGAGCUUUUCUUUCCCGGAUCGAAGCAUGCCCCAGUGACUCGUUCCUGUAUUUUUUAUCAGCCGGCGAAUCCAAGAGAGCUCCAGGACUCUGAUACUGGUAAAAAGAAAGAGAAAAGAAAAAAAGAAAGAAAGAGAAAAAAUACGUUAGUCGCCUAUCUGGAGAGGGUCCUCGCGGCAAGGAUCUGUACUCUUGAAAGGGGUACUCACCGAAAUCUCGUUCACGGUCCCCUGGAGAGGACGAAGGGAAGGAAGAAAGGAAAAGGAGAACGGCCUACAGAAGAGAGGAGGGUGAAAUAGGAGGAAAGGAAAAUUCACCAAGUGGUCCAGGACGAAGGAGGACUCUCAAAGAGCGCUCGUGCCUCCCUUUAGACUCGCUUAUUUAUUUAUUUAUUCAGGGUCGUUAGAGAGCCGUACGAAUAAAGAAAAAGAAAAAAAACACAGAUCCAUCGACUCUCUAUAGACGGUAAUAGAGUAUAAGGCAGUUCCUAUACCCUAUUCAGGAUAAAUCAAAGAUUCUUUUAUAUCAAAAAUCCCCAUAGGACAAAAUCUUUGAACAUUUUUUACCGCCCCGCACUCCUCAGCAAUUUAAUGAAGAUCUGUUUCUUUGAACACAAAUUGCUCUUACUCUGCUGAUUUUAUUACCCUACCUCCUCCCAGUCCUAUUCGCAUUAUUAAGAAAUUAAAAAAAAAAAUUUGUAUUCAGUCAAAAGUCCUUACAAAAUUUUACUUCGAGUCAGAAGUUUUUGUGGGCAACAAUGGUGUUUUCAAAAUUUCCAAAUUGUUAGCUAUUUCAUACUUGUAACCUAGCCUGACCUCUGUGUACGUCAGGAAUCUCGAAAGUCUCGAUGAUACGAGAACGCCUAGACUCGAAUCAGCAUCCCGGCACAAACAGCUCCGACGCCCUUUGAACUUUCGUAUUACCAUUUUGAGUGGUUCCGCAAGUACUUUUUACCUGUGCCAAGCGCGGUUGCAACAAGCUUCGCACUCGUGGUACUUGGACGAAAGUACCGGCCAAGUCAACUCGAGUCGCAAGACUCGACCAUGAGGAAUCCCGAGAUACGUUGAAUUAAAAUAUUCUCUUGGAAGGAGAAAACUCUCGAGGAUAUUUGCAUGUGAAAGCGUAAAGGUUACUACGCAGGGAAAAAAUUAUACACUCGAUAAAACGUGAAAAAUCGUGAAAGUUAAAAAAAAAUUUAAUUCAUACGAAAUG